ACAUUCAUCAUGCUUGCGGUAAUUACAAGUAGGCGCAUUAUUGAGGAUUCGGAGAAGAGUUAUUAAACGCUUUCUGGAGUUGCUGAUGCUAAGAGUAUAGAAUUAGCGCGCCGGAUGCAUAUAUAUGCUCCAAGUAUAUAUAGGCGACUGGUUUUUUCUUGUUCAACGUUGUCUGACGAGUCUCAUUUUUUCAUCAUUUUUAAUCUGCUAGACAGAUAGUCUUCGUUUCCCCCGUUAAAACGUUCUCUGAAAUAUUUUCAUAUUAUCCCCAGGCAGAGCAGUAUACUCGCACCAGAUUGGCGCGAUUGAAGCAGCAAUGCGGAUUUUACAUUCUCACAGCCUUGCUGUACUGAUCGGCAUGAGGGUCAUUGCCUUGGCGAACGGGCUCCCACUCACACCAGGUGACAACGGCUCCAUCUUACCUCGCCAGGACAUCACAACACCUCUCGGUGUCGACGUGAAAGAUCUCGAUCUCGGCGACAUAUCUCCUAUUGAGGACGGAUGGCUCGAACUGGAUAGCGACGAUGGAGAUGGGAACCAUCUUGGAUCCAGCUCCGUUUCAAAUGCCAACGGAUAUUUGGGUUCGGUUGGAUCCGGACAAGCAAGCCAGAAUGGCAAAUCGCUGGAGGGUAGUAGUGCUGCGUGCAGUUUAACCGGCUGUGUAACCUCCGCGGCAGCAAGCAAUGGCAACAAAACAAGUACCAGUUCCACCAGUACAGGGGAUUAGUCAGUGCUCCAGUGAUCGAAGGCCCUCUCAUCGAAAAUAAUAAUUCUUCGUGAUCUUCCAGUGGAUGAUUAUAUGUAUCAACUAUUCUAGGGAAGCCUUUAUGUUUUAUAGCCAUUGAUGGUGUUGCCUUUUAUACAUGCAGGGUGAUGGCGUUUCUUUAUUAUUAGGGAGAUUCUUAUUUCUUGAACGAGACUUGUAUAUUUAGUUGAGCUUCAUCUCCUGUAUCUAUAUAUUAGCCAUGCUUCUACCAAGUUCUAUAUUUGUCUUCAACAAUUAUCGCGCUGCUACGGUUGCUUCAGUGCUGUGUUCCACCGGAUACAUUCCCGAAACACAUUCAACGUUGAUUUAUACAUCAUUAUGCUAGAAAUCUACUCGCCGUCAUCACAGUAUGGGGGUACGUGCAUCACGACACCGGCGAUGACGGUCGCAAUAAUUGACGUAUUCGGUUAGACUGUCCGGUUUCGCGGAGGGCGGAUGGCCACGGCACCGUGAGACA